AUGCAAUAUCUAAGCUUUAUAAAGCAAGCUAGUGGCUAUCCUUUCCAAUGCCUCACUCGGCACACACUCUGUCACCCAAACAAGCAUCCAUUGAGGAAAAUGAACACACUGCUCCUCAUGAGCUUAUCUCUUCUCUACCUCAAAGAGGUUAUGGGUCUCAGGUGUAAUACCUGCACAACGACAAAAGAAUGGAAGUGUACGGCAGGCCAAGGCACUUGCGUUGCAAAAAAAGAUGAGUUAUGUUCAACCACAUCCUACUACAGUGGAGAGAAACAUAUGUACUCAGAGCAGAGGUGUAAGUACAAGUGCCGUGAAGAAGUGUCUUCCAAAGACAACAUGUUGACGGCGACACUGUGCUGUGACAAAAACUUCUGUAACAUCUUUUAA